AUGGCCACUGGUGAGUGUGGUCACCCUGUGAAGGAGAUGAUGGUGAUGGAGAUGCAGACCAAGCCCUCACGGCCUCACUGGUACGAGCUCUACCUGCAGCCCUGUGUGGCCGAGCUGCUGGGCACUGCGCUCUUCGUCUUCAUCGGCUGCCUCGCUGUGCUCAAGGAUUCAGAGGACACAGGGACGCUGCAGCCUGCCCUGGCCCAUGGGCUGGCACUGGGCCCCAUCAUAACCAUCAUGGAAGGCAUCAGUGGAGGCCACCUCAACCCUGCCGUGUCCCUGGCUUUGUGGCUGGUUGGAGGACUGAACAUCACCAUGCUCGUUCCUUACUGGCUCUCCCAGCUCUGUGGAGGGGUGAUAGGAGCUGGCCUGGCAAAGGCUGUGGUGGAGAAGGAGUCCUACAGGAAUUCCACAGGAGGAGCCUUCAGCAUCAUCACGAGUGAUGAGCAGAUCCCCUCUGCCCUCACAAACGAGAUCGUCGUGACCUUCUUGCUGCUCUUCGUGGUCUGCAUGGCAGCCAUCAAUGGGAAGACCAAGACCCCCCUGGCUCCUGUCUACAUCGGCUUCACCAUCGCGGCCAACAUCCUGGCAGGAGGCAGUGUGUCUGGAGCCUGCAUGAAUCCUGCCAGAGCGUUUGGGCCUGCGCUGCUUGCAGGCUGCUGGGACUAUCACUGGGUUUACUGGGUGGGGCCCCUUGUGGCUGCCCUCCUUGUCGGUGUGACAGUCAGGCUGCUGAUGGGUGACCAGAGCACCCGCCUGAUCCUGAAGUGAUGCUGGUGGGGACCUGUGGG